CCCGUGAUUGUAUAUCCAUGCUUGCCCGCCUCUCACCUGGAGUGCGCCCCGCCCAAGACGCUGCCUAGGUGUGCGCUACGACCACAGUACCAACGCAGCGGCGCGGCUGCCCAUUUAAAUACGGCUCCUCUGACGCCUUCUCCAUCAACUACAACCCGCCGCAAGUACCUGCACAACCUCAACCACAGCUCGACUUUGCAACCCACCUGCACGGUCGCAGCCUUCGCCACCACCACGUCACCCAAGCAUCAGUCUGGUCCUCAGCCGUCAUCCAUCACCCGGUUAUUUGGCCAUCACGUCUUUCACGGCAUGGCACGUACCAAAAAACGGGCCCGAAACAGCAGUGUCGAGCUCGGAAGCCCGACGGAGACGACGCAACUCACUCCAAGUGGUCGCCCCACCCGCAAGGGCGCCGGAAAAGCCGCACGCAGGGAUGGCUUCGUCGACUCUGGUGAGAUUGAUAGCGAUGGAGAUCCCAUUGAGACUCCAUCCGAAGACGAAGACGGCAUCGUGGUCAAGCCCGCACGUAAGCGCAAGCGAACGCCUUCACCCACCCCACCGCCUUUGGACCCCAUCAUCCGCGAUGAAGAACCAGAAGAUCUUUCAAGUGACGAGGCUAGCCAACUUCACACGACUGCGGACAUUGCGAAGAAGCACGCGGUCAAUUUGCAGUUCAAUAUCCCAGUUGGGUUCCAUGGCCCUCUGGUUGUGAAGCUGAACCGUGAUAUGCUCACUGAUACACAUCUCGGUGGCAAUAUCCUGGAUGUGCAACCAUCCGCUACGCAGAAAAAACUAGUGGUGCCGCCCAAGGCAAAAGCUGCUCGUCCAGGUGGAAAGACCUUCUCAGACUUGCCUCCCGAGAUCCGAAACAAGAUCUAUAGGCAACUGUUCGUAACUGGUGAACCCAUCAACAUUCGGAAAGCAAGCGACUUGUGCCGUUCCGGUCAAUUCUUAAGCACAUGUAAGUUGGUGCACAACGAGGGCUGCAGCAUUCUGUACGGCGAAAACACAAUCGUCUUCGAACGUAAUAAGUAUCGGCGUGGUCCUUUCUGGGAGCCGGAUCCAAAGGAAAUCGGCUACACAGACGUUCGCCGAUUUCUCAAUAUGAUUGGGCCUGAGAAUUUGGAGUAUCUACGAGACGUUAAACUAUCUCUAGAAGAUGCAAGCCCUUCAGGUACGCGUGGAGUCGACAGUGAGCAGCGCCGGUACAGCAAUGAUGAUCAUCUCGCGGACAUUCUUCGCACCCUCCGAGGCACCAAACUCCGAGAGCUUACGCUUGCCUUCAAUGGCCGCCGCUGUUUGGCGAAAGGUGACGCGAGAUUCCUGGAUUUCCUGGUACAAGUCAAGGCCGACAAAGUAGUGAACUCGGAUGCCCGUUCCUACGAUUGGCUUCUUCCGGGCAAAAUCCCGCGCUAUCUGUGGAACCAAGUCCAGAAGGAGAUGACGAGGGAGAUCAAGAUGUACCCCAUCAAGAAAUGA